UUCGUUUAAAUAUCAACAUUUCUCUCUGUUUCUCUUUUCAUAUUUUCCCUUCCAUGAAAAACAAAAAUGCCCGCUGCAUUUUCUUCCUCGACUGUGCUCUGCGUUGCUUCAUUGUUGCCCUUUCUUGUUGUGGUGGUGAAUGCUAGAAUCCCUGGAGUCUACUCCGGUGGUGCUUGGGAAACUGCUCAUGCUACCUUCUACGGAGGCAGCGAUGCUUCUGGAACAAUGGGAGGUGCAUGUGGAUAUGGCGAUCUCUACAGCCAAGGCUACGGCGUUAACACGGCGGCUUUAAGUACGGCGCUCUUUAAAAAUGGGCUUAGCUGCGGAGCUUGCUUUGAGAUUAAGUGUGCAAAUGACCCAAAAUGGUGUCACCCUGGGAGUCCUUCCAUUAUCGUCACUGCUACUAACUUUUGCCCUCCUAACUAUGCUCUACCGACUGACAAUGGCGGAUGGUGCAACCCUCCACGCCCUCACUUUGACCUCUCCAUGCCUGUGUUCCUCAAGAUCGCCCAGUACCGUGCUGGUAUUGUACCUGUCUCCUUCCGUAGAGUGCCUUGCCGAAAGCAAGGUGGGAUGAGAUUCACCAUCAACGGAUUCCGUUACUUCAACUUGGUUAUGGUCACCAACGUCGCUGGUGCAGGGGAUAUCGUGAAGGGGACCAAAACCGGUUGGUUGAGCAUGAGCCGUAACUGGGGUCAGAACUGGCAGUCGAACGCCGUCUUGGUAGGUCAGGCACUCUCGUUUAGAGUCACGGGCAGUGACAGGCGAACCUCCACCUCUCGUAACGUGGCGCCAGCUGAUUGGCAGUUCGGCCAAACCUUCACGGCCAAGAAUUUCCGCGUUUAAAAUCCCAGAUCAUCACCAUUUCCGUUUUAAUUUGAAUUAACUUCUUUGUUUACCGCCCUUCCAUUUUCCCGGAAAAUUUGAAGUGCUGUGUCGGCGGGUAAAAAACGCAGAAGUAAGAACAACCAAAAAAAAAUGAGGUUUUGGAUUUACCGAAAUGGUAAAAG